UGAAUCUGUUACUUAGCCCCUUCAAUUUAAUUACUUUAGUCUUGCUUUUAAUAUUUUUUGGUUGGCUAAUAUGCCUUCAAUUUCAAGUUCAGAAACCUCGCGAUGUCAUGAGACUAGCAAUUCUUUAAUAAUUCAUAAUUUAAAUUUUGUAAUAGUGUUUACUGUUUGUAAGAGGAUGUCUACUAAAACUAGACUUCUUAGUUUAGUGUUGUUGUGUUUAUCAUUUGAAAACUCUUAUGGUUUGAAAUGUUACACCUGCUCAGCAACCGAAAACGAUGCAGAUACUUCUUGUGCUGACGACGUUGUAGGCAUAGGCAAGAACGCUAUAACUGAUUGUGAUAAAAAAUAUUGUACAAUUACCAGGAUUGAUUACAAAGAUCCAAGAGGUAAACUCGCUUCGCUAAACAGAAAUUGUGUCGACAAAGUACCAGCGGACGGUGUCACCGAAGACGCAACUUUUAGAAGUUAUCAAAGAUCUUGCAAAACCGACCUGUGCAAUUCUGGAAGUGGCAAAAGCGACAUUAACACUGGAAGCCGCAGUCUUGGAGAUAAAUCGACAAUUUACGCUCCUGGAACCGGUAGAUCUGCUGGAACCGCUAUAAGUGUUUCGGUGUUUGGUUUGUUGGUUAGCGUAGCAAUGGUUUUGAGAUUGUAAAAAUGUUUCAUACUUAGGCAUAGUUUUAGAAUAAUUGGAAUGACUACAAUAUGAUAGGAAUAAAAAAUUUAUACUCCAGA